UCAAUCAUUCAUUUCAUUCAUAGUGCUACGUGAUAAAAUGGCGGCUGUCUUGUUUCGUUUGAUGACCUUUUAAAAUUUCAUUUUAGGACUUUCCAAGUGCAAGAUAUAGUUUUAAACAUUAUAAAUAAACUACAUUAGUUACAGUUAGCGAUACUCAAGCUCAAAAAAGGCCUCAUAUCGUAAUUGUAAGAGUGCAAUGUCCGAAGAGGCAGAGCGCCAUGGCGAAGCAGCGUGUGAUAACUACGCAGGCAGCGGUGGCGGCACGAAAGAAACGCGAGUGUUAUUGACCCCUCACCAGCUCGACGCCGCCUCCGCCGACUCUCUUCGGUCCGCGUGGAGAACCCAGGACUUGUAUAUUGACCACCUUGAGACAUUGAACAAACAAUUGGAAGGAAGCUUGGAAAAAGCGAAAGAAAUAGAAGAUAGGAUCAAACAACAAUAUGCUGAGUCACAACACAGAGAGAAAGUACUGGUCCGGCGGUUAGCGGCCAAAGAGCAAGAGAUACAAGAUUAUGUAAGUCAAAUAACGGAAUUAAAAUCUUCACACGCAAGUCUCAACGGGCGGCCAACGCUUCUAGAUCCCGCAGUUAACGUCCUCAUACUGCGACUAAAGCAAGAACUCACAUCAACAAAAGCAAGGCUCGAGGAGACACAAAACGAACUGUCCGCGUGGAAAUUCACGCCUGAUUCGAAUACAGGAAAGAAGUUGAUGGCAAAGUGUAGACUUCUCCAUCAAGAAAAUGAAGACCUGGGUCGUAUGACCUCCAGCGGGCGAAUAGCGAAGCUUGAGGGCGACCUUGCGUUACAAAAGAAUUUAAGCGAAGAAGUUAAGAAAUCACAAUCAGAACUGGACGACUUCCUGCAAGAGCUGGACGAGGACGUGGAGGGCAUGCAGAGCACGGUGCUGUUCCUGCAGCAGGAGCUGCGCGCGUCGCACGCGUCGCUGAACGGCGCGCGGCCGUCGCCCGACAAGCGGCGCUACUCGGGCAGCGACCGCAGCGACACGCCGCGCGGCAAGCGGCGCCGCGCCUCCGUCCUCUCCCUCGACUACAACGAGGACGAAGACCCCCUCACCGUAAUCAAAAUAUCGAAUGGAAAUCCCAAGAAUAAAAUAUUUCUAUUAACGGCGGGACAGCACGCCCGCGAGUGGAUCUCCAUCACAUCAGCCCUCUAUAUUGUUGAUGAAAUAAUCAACCGUUUCGACAAUCAACCACAUUUCGUAAAAGACCUAGACUGGUACAUACUGCCUCUUCUAAAUCCUGACGGCUAUGAAUACUCGUUGACAAGGGACCGCUUAUGGCGAAAGAAUCGUCGCAAAUUUGGCAUUUGCUAUGGAGUGGAUAUUAACAGGAACUUUGACAUAGACUGGAAGGUUCCCGGUGUGACUGAAUCAAAUGUAUGCAGCGAGGCUUACUCCGGGCCCAAGGCGUUUUCCGAAGCAGAAAGUGUAACUUUAAGUGAUUUCGUGAAGAGAUUGUCACAAAUACCAGCAGCAUUUGUAGAUCUCCACUCAUACGGGCAACAAAUACUGUACCCGUGGUGCGCGAGGACCGAACAGACGCCAAGCUCUGAUUUACACAAAUCCACAGCGGCUGGUAUAGCAGAGGCAAUAUACAAAGAAAACCAGAAAGUGUACAAAUAUGGACCCGCGUACCACCUGAUGUAUCCAGCGUCAGGAUCCGCGCUAGACUGGGCCUACAAGCUCGGAGUCAACCAUUCCUACGCAAUCGAGACCAGAGACAAGGGAACGAACGGCUUCCUCCUACCGCCAUCUUUGAUUGUAAGCACUGGGAGAGAAUUGUUUCAAGGAGUAAAGUAUUUAGCGAGCGUGCUCCAACCAAAGUACAAGAAGAACCGCAAUUCGUGGCUUUAAAUUUAAUAAUUUUCUUAGUAAAGAAUUAAAGAUUUGUGAAUUCAA